AUGAGCAGGCGGAUUGCGCGAGCUGCUGCCAGACGCGACCAAACUGGCGGCACGGGUUCUGAGCCGUUGCGGCUUGAUGAGCAGGACACGCUCGAGGUGUUUGUUCCGUGGCUGGUGGAGGGUGUUGAGGAGACGGUCCAGACGGUGAAAGGUGAGCUGUUUCACCGUAAUUACAUUGAAGCGUUCAACACGGAGCAGAAAAGAGAGGCGUACGCCGCGCGGUGGUCGUCUUCGCGCAGUCUGGCGUACAGCUGGUUCUUUUCGCAGGGCGCGGUCGGCCAGUUGCUGGCGUCCCGGACAACAGUCAACGUGGUGAGCAUUGGUGCGGGAGCAGGAGCAGAAUUGGUGGCUCUGGGCAGCGUGUUCAGCAGACUGCUCGAAACGCUUGCGAUCGGCUCGGAAAAACACCACUGGACCGUCACGGCCGUCGACAUCAGCGACUGGACAAACGUGGUGGACCAGAUCGCCGGUUUUGUGGACUCUCGCUGGGUGCAACCAAAAUUGAUUAAUGUAGCACAUUCGCUGCAAUUCGAGUUUCUUCACCAGGACGUGCUCCAGAAACCGCAGGAAAGCAUGGCCAGACUGCACGCGGCAGACCUGAUCACGAGCUGUUUCACCACGAACGAGCUGUUUGCCGAAAAUAAGACCCUGGCCAUCGGUUUGCUCAACUCUUUGAGUGCUUGUCGGCCAGGAACGCUUUUUUUGGUGCUCGAGUCGGCCGGGUCUUACUCGCACAUCACCGUCGGGUCCAAGAGCUUCCCCGUGUACUUCCUCGUGGAUACCGUUCUUUGUGGGCCUCCUGGCCGUGCGCGCGACUGGGAGCUGGUUUCGUCGAGCGACAGUGAAUGGUACAGGGUUCCCCACGGGGUGCAGUACGGACUCAAAUUGGAGAACAUGCGGUUCUUCUACAGAUUGCGAUCCGCCGCUGCUGAUCGAGACAGAGUGCACGGAAGACUGGUCCUUCACGACGGCCGUCACCACACUGCUGCUGACAGUCACGUAUGCAGAUCCGCUGGCGCUCACAGUGGAGGAGUACUCGGUGGUGUAGGUGGUGGUCCCAGGCCGCCACACUGCGCGUAUGCAGCUCCGCAUGUUGUGGCGGAGGAGUCUGCAGCGGACGUGGUGGAGGUGGCGGUGAUGGACUCGAGGGUCGAUUGCUCCCACGACGGGGUGGUGAGGGUGGCGGACUGUUCCCAUGCUGGCGUGGUGGUGGUGGAUUGCUCCCACGAAGGAGUCGUCGUCGCAGACUCUUCCCACGAUGGCUGGGUUGUUUCUCUGGUUGCAGUCUGCACGGUGGUCUGUGUGUCUGCCUGUGUUUCUGUGCCUGCCGUGGUAACCGACGUCACCUCGGCAGAUUCGUUGGACGCGUUAGAAUUCUCCGAGCUGCCAAAACUGCUGUCAUCGAGGCUCCCGCUGGAGGCCAGGACGCUGGCGAAAAAUGGGAUGGUAGCUAGGGCAACGUUAUGCGAGUGA